CAACAGUCUCUUUCCCCGCUAAUCAAUGACUUGUUCAGUAUUGACUGGGCGCAUAAUUUGACCGGCUUACCGAAGAUUUCUGACCACCCUCUGGUUUCCUCUGUGAUUAAUGCGGCUCAAAGACUUUUGAGGAGGCCGCGAGUGAAAAAAGAUCCUGUUACCCCGGAGAUGCUGAGAGCUCUUGUGGAAUCCAAAAUAAAAGAUAAAUCACCUGAGAACAGUUGCCUUGUGUCUUAUUGGCUUUCGCGGAUUUUUUUCGUUUUAGCUUAACUAAUGUUAAGUUUUCUCAUUGGUAUGUUUUCGCUUUUCUAGAAUCGUCGAAGACUGACCAAUUUUGUGACGGGUGUUGGAUUUCUAUCGCUCAGACAGGCCAACUCACUUAGCUUUGCCCAGUGGAGGCCUUGGAACGAUAUAUUGCGGCGGCCAACAUUCGUGGAAGUCUUACCUUUGUUCCGAACUCUCGCGUCUCAACGCUGGAAAGAAAAGGUCCGACGCCAAGGGAUUAGCUAUACAAAACCAAGGAGUUUUUUAUGGACGCCUUCAGGUAUUUAACUGACGUUUCCAACAUUGGUACUCAUAGUCUCCGAGCCGGAGGAGCAACGGCUGCCGACAAUGCUAGUAUUCAGGACAGACUUUUUAAGCGUCACGGCCUUUAG